AUGACUGACACUCUAAAUGAUAAAACAAUCGCUGAAUUGUUUGAUAAUGGUUAUGAUCUACAAUUAAAACUAGAUAAAGAUGAAAAUUUGGACAUAUCGAACGAUGACAAACAGAAGCUGUUUAACACUGCUAUUGAUACGUUAUUAGCUGCUGAAAAAAAAUUAGAUGAAAUUCAUUUAUUUUCAGACAAUGAGGAACUCGAUGAGGUGGCUACGAAUGAAUUGAGGUACUUUCUUCUUUAUGCACUCAUCGGCUGGUUAUACGAAUAUAAACCACCAACUGAUCGCAAUGAAAAUAAACGUUUUGAUGAUGUUAAAUUAUCAAUAAAAUAUUCUGUCAAGUAUUUAAAUUUAUGUAAAAAUUAUGGUUUAAUUAAAAGUGUUCCUAAUGAAGAUAUUGAUAAUAUUGGAGGAUCAACAAAAGAAUUGAACCGAGAAGAAUUGGUUACAAGAUUGAGAGAGAAGAAAAGACUAGAAAGUUUAAUUAAAACUUUAAUGGAUCUUAUAAAAACAGAUAAAACUCGUGUUGAUGAUGAAACAAAACGUCAGUUGUAUGUAUCACAAAUUAAAUGGUGGAUUCAACAGUUGGAAUAUGACAUUAAUAUACUGAAAGAUGAAGGUAUGAUGUUGAUGCAUAGAAAAGAAUUAUCGCUUAAUCAAAAUCAAACUCAAAACAAAGACUAUUCUACUACAUCUGUUAAAAAUGUAAAUAAUAACCAAACUGGACCAUUCAUAUUAACAACAAAAGAGCAUUUGUAUGCACAAGCGGUUGGAGGUAAAGGUUAUCCAAGUUUACCAACAAUGACCGUCGAAGAGUUUCAUGAUCAAUUAAUAAAAAACGGGCACAUGAAAAUAACAAAUGAUCAACAACAGGGAUCAGCAUUUUCAAUGCCACCGUCAACGAACAAAAUCGCAGAGGAAUUGGAAAAAGAACAUCUAUCUGAAAUUGAUGAUACUCAGCAUCGACGUGAUAUAAAUCAAUUGGACGAAUAUAAAGAUGAUAAUCCACGGGGCAGUGGAAAUCGAUAUAAUCGAAGUAAUCAAGCAUUCAAAGAAGGAAAUUAUAAAAAAGCAAUUGAUUAUUAUACACAAGCAAUAAACACAUUUGAUUCAAGAAAUAAAGAAAACAAAGAGGAUAUAGCGAAAUGUUACAGUAAUCGUUCUCAAUGCUACAUAAAUCUGUCACAGUAUGAGGAUGCUGUUGAAGAUGCAACAAAAGCAUUGGAAUAUAUGCCGGCAGAUACAAAGUCGUUGUUUCGACGUGCGAAUGCAUUUGAACGUAUGGGAAAAUUGAACGAAGCAAUAUCCGAUGCUCAACGUUUAGUAUCAAUAAAUAAAAACCAAGAUAAUAAACAAACAAAUGAUCUUUUAAGAAAAUUAACGGAAACUGUAUAUAGUAAACAUUCAGAACAAAACUUAACACUUGGACAAGUUCGGCAAAUGUUUGAAGCGGUUUCAGGUGUAUCAUCAUCAGCUGAUCAACUCGCGGCAUUAAACAAUUUAAUUGUUCUUUCACGUGAAGAAUCAGGCACCGAAGCCAUUGUGAAGUUUGAUACAGAUUUAAAAAAUAUAGUCAAGUUUAUUCAAAGUAGUGAUCGAACAAUUGUGUUAAGCACUGUCCGUUUAUUGUCGUCAAUUGUUAAACGUUCUUAUGCACGUACUGAUUUAGUGUUACGUAAAAUUGGUUUAAAUCAUAUAGCUCGCUUGUUAGCAACAAAUGAUCAGGAAAUAUCAACAUCAUCAGCUAUUUUAUUAUACGGUAUGAUUACGUCAAUAUGUGAUUUAGAAAAUCGACGAAAAAUAAGAAAAGGUCCAUCUGUGCCAUUCAAUUUUGAACCACAAGUAGUGACGUUUAUUGAUGAAGUAUUUCGAAUAUUGUGUAGUUUAAUUGACGAUAAAGCUUGUCCAGCUGUUGGUCGUGAUAAUUGUCUCGAUUUAGUUGUUAAAUUUGUUGAUCGUAUGAAUGGAUGCAUAUCAAAACUUCUUCGAGUUGCAGCUUCGGUGCCCGAAUUACCGGAUAGCAAACCAUAUCCGAUUACAGAACAUACAAAAAUGCACAUAUCGUGUGCACUAAGCGUUGUGUAUCAUGAUUGUUAUUCAGACAAAGAACGAGAAGAUUUUAAUAAUGAAUGUAUUGAAUUUGUCAAAGCGCUACGACAACAUGAUGAUGUUCGAGCACGUGUACAAACAAUGUCUGUUUUAGCCGUUCUUUUACAAGGUCCGUUCGAUACAGGCAACGCCAUUUUAGGUGGAUUGAAUUUGGUUGAUUUAAUGUUGGUUAUGGCUAGCUCCGGAGAUGCGUUACAAGAGCUUCCAUUCGUGAAGCAAAAUCGUGUUGCCGUUGAAGCUGUUGUAUUAUCAUCAUCAAAGAAAGACAAAGCAGCUGGUAUUUUAUCAUUAGGAGCUGAAAUACUAAAAAAUCUUUAUGCAUCACCAAAUGAACAAAUUAAAGUUUUGGCACUUGUUGGUUUAUCAAAAAUAGCCUCUAGCAAAGGUACAGAUACAAGUGUUCAAUUAGUUACCGAAGGCUCUUGUCAAACAUUAGCUAAAGCAUGUUCACAAUUUUUGACAUCAAAUAAAAGCUUUGAUAUUCGACGUUGGUCAGCUGAUGGUCUGGCUUAUUUGACACUUGAUGCCGAUGUUAAAGAAGAUAUAAUUAAUAAUCAAGCAGUACUAAAAGCAUUAUUCGAGCUAGCAAAGUGUGAUGAUUCGAAUGUUAUAUACUCAGUUGUUUCAAUCCUGGUCAACUUGACGAACACAUACGAAGUUAAAAAGCCAGAUAAACAAAUGGUCGAACUAGCAAAAUAUGCCAAACAACAUGUACCAGAAGAUCAUCCAAAGGAUGCAAAAGAAUUUGUGGAUGAACGGCGAAAUAAACUUGUUGAGGCUGGUGUUAUAUCCGUAUUAGUUAAUAUGUGUAAACAGAAAAGUGACACUUGUCGCGAACAAGUGGCGAGGGUUUUUUUCGGUUUAUGUGAAAAUGAACAACAUCGUGGAAAAAUUGUAGCUGCUGGUGGUGGUAAAGCAUUGUUACCAUUGGCGUUGGAUGGACUACCGAUAGGUUCAACAAAAGCGGCUCAAGCGUUAGCGAAAAUAGCCAUAACAACCAAUCCAGAAAUAGCGUUUCCUGGGCAACGUACACUUGAAGUUGUUCGUCCAAUAAUAAAGUUGUUGAAACCAGAUCAGACGGCCCUAGAAAAUUUUGAAGCAUUAAUGGCAUUAACCAAUUUGGCAGCUGUUGGAGAAAGUGUCAGAAAACGCAUCUUGAAAGAUGGUGGAUUUUCGAAUAUCGAGCAUUAUAUGUACGAAGAGCAUACUGAACUUCGUCGUGCUGCAACGGAAUGUGUUUGCAAUAUGGUUGUACAAGAAGAGGUUAUUCAAUAUUUUACACCGGAAAAUGAUCGUAUUAAAUUAUUAGUUCUUUUUUGUGGCGAAGAAGAUGAAGCAUUGAUCAAAGCUGCAUCUGGUGCAUUGGCAAUUUUAUCAUCAUUAGAUGUUGAUUUAGAACAAAUCGAAACAUUUGAUUUAGAACCGGAUGAACGUAAAAAGCUGGAAUCAAUAAUAGAAGACAAUCGCAUUAUAUGCAAUAAAAUUUUAGAAGUAACGUCAUUUGUUGAAAUAUUUAAACAAUUAUGUGUUUCCCCAAACAAUGAGUUACAAUUUCGUGCACUUUAUAUCAUCAAAAAUAUUGUUAAAGCAAAAAAAGAAUUUGCAGUAAAAGUUGCUGAGACAGAUUUGAUGGAUUUGUUAUUUGCUAUAACCCGACUGAUAAAUCCACAAACAAUUGUUGAAAAGAAUCGCAAAAUUGCAGAUGAAAUUAUCCAGUUAUGUUUAAGUUAUGGUCUGAUUCGACUUACAGAAGGUGUCUAUGAUCGUGAACGUGUCGUUGAAGAAGUCAAAGAUAAGAAAGAGGCUGCUGUUUAA